UUUUAUUCAUCUACAGUGAAGUUGGCAUACAAUGGAGGUUACUGCCGAAGUCGUUAUUGGAAUCAUCGCCGUACUGGUGUGCCUCCCACCUACAAUCCUAGUUCUGAUUGGCUGGAUCCGCAACCAUCUUUCACGGCGAAGGAACAGAGCUAUAGUACCCGCCGACAGAGAUAUCGAGGCAUUUGCAGCUGGACGAGCUCGGUCCCCGCACAGAUCGACGACAAUCAUUUUCCAGGACGGAUCGUCGUCUUGGCGACAAGUCGUGUACCAUCCAAGCUAGAAGCUAGAACCAAGAACUAAGCUGCACCUGGCAGCCAACUGCAACCUCCGAUUGAACGCGCAAUAAAUGGAGCUCAGUAGAUUAUUUUGUGGGUUGCAUUCUUGAACUUAGCGCCUAGAGGCCAUGGUCUAUAGAUAAUCUUUGUGCAGAGCCUGUCUUAGUGUUCGGGACACCCGCUGCAAGUGUCUCUAAGUUGCAGAAUGCAUGCAGCUCAAUGGAAAGAUAAAAGAAAUGGAAAUCUCGUGGGAAACCAAAGUGAAACUUUCAAUCUUCACGGGUCAUAAAUUGAUUAUCUUCUUCAGUCAGAAUUUCAAAGGUGCUUGAGCUUCAGCCAUUCCUCCAAUUUGACAGAAGCUGAUGGCGGUUGACGUAGCAUUAAAUGGAUCACUUUGCCCAUGACACAGUCUUCAAGACUAUGCAUCAAAGUCGCAAUGAGCUAGAUUAGUUAUAUAAAUCACACUAAUCAUCGUCUUGACUGACCAUUCAAGGUCUGAACUGAUUCUAAGCCUUGUUGAGCCAGUAAUAACAGUCCCUUAUGAGAUAG